AUGGCGGGCUUGAAUGGGUUGACAUCUGAGUCCCUAGGCUCAAAUCCGACUUUUAACUGGACCUGGUUCAUUGAGCUGCUGACUUCUGCCAUACUCGUCCUCUGGUUUCUCUUCUAUCUGAACAGGCUCUUCGCGUCCGCCAUUUCCUAUGGUCUACGGGCUUAUUCAUGGCACAAAUUCAGAGUCUACCUCGAUAUUCAGUCUCUACAGAUUAGCCUUCUCGGUGGCCGUAUUUUCUUCAAGGGCGUGCGCUAUCACGGUGAGAACGAGUCCGUCUACAUCCAUAAUGGUCAUCUCACGUGGAGGUAUUGGCUGCGAGUCACAAAGCAGAUUGCCUUGUGUAAAUCUGCUAUUAAAAAUCGAGAGCAAGACGAGAAGGCCUACAAGAAUAGCUCGGAAACGGGGAGCGAAACCUCGUUACCUGAGUACAAUCGAAACGAGCCUGAAUCCAGGAUUGUCGUCUCUAUCACAGGAUUAGAGUGGUUCAUCUACAAUCGUACUCCUGUUUACGAUGCUAUCAUCCAAGACGUCGAUGUCAGAGCAAGCAGCAGUACUUCAGUAGGAGGUCAGUCAACCGCCAACGCUCUCUCACAGACUGUGGCAGCCAAACUUAGACAACAUGCAAAGGUCGUCCUCGAAAAGGAUGCGUCCAUCCUCGAAGAGAAGCUGGACGCCAAAGAAGACUUUCAAGAACCUUCCUCCAAGGACUCGCGAUCAACCUCUCCACGAGACUCCGACGAGCAUUCAAUAAACAGCGAAGCAGCUCCGGCAGAGACAGACGUUAGUUCCUUCUAUUCUUUCAUACUGCGAUUCUUCCCUGUCGGAAUUGAGUGUGCUCGAGGUGCUGUAUCACUCGGCAAUGAGCAUACAAAGGCCAUUAUAGUGACUACCUUCGAUAGAGCCAAAGGCCACAUCGAUGCCGGCGCUUCCGGUCCUGCUGAUCUCUACAGGCAGAUCUUCGACUUUGACAUUGAGCAUCCUGUCGUCCAGAUGAAGCCAAAUCCGGAUUUCCAUCUUCCUCAGAUGGCAGCUGCCGAGCGCGUUAUUGCUGGCCAUGAGGCCGUUCUCAAGCGACGGCCAUGGUGGCGCCCUACCUUAAAUCUAAACAAGAAGCGGAAGACCUGGUCGCGUGGCUUGCGCAACCUGAUUCCUCACUUCCGCCGUUCUGUUUCCAGCUUGCAUGAUGCAUAUGUGCCCAAAGAAGAUGAGCAGACUUAUGCUGCUUUCACCGAUGCUCGACCUGACAGCCAGGACUGGCAGGGCCUCGAUCGUUACAUGGAUGAAGACGAAGGUGAUGACCAUCAUGCCUGGCUCAGCGUCGAAUAUGCCCGUUUUUCUACUAUCCUCGAUUGUCCUCACGUGCACUUCAAUUUUUACUGGGAUACACCUGGUGAAGUUCAUCCAGAACAUUUGACAGCACCGACCUCAGGUCUCGCUGCUGAGCUGAAUGGCCUUCCACCUCCUGAAUAUGGUAUGCAUCUUGAGGUUUAUGGCGGCCUGGUCAACUACGGGCCGUGGUCUGAUCGGCUUCGGAUUGAGCUCCAGAACGUAUUCCUUCCAGCUGGCUAUAAUACUGCCCAACCAAAAGAUGACCUUUUAGCAGGUGACCCUCGUUUAAGCACUGUCAUGAACAUUACUGUUGAUAUCAAGAAGGAGAUGACACUUCGUGUCCCAACACGGGAAGAUUCAAAAGACUGGCGUUGGCGUGGUCGAGCGACCGCAGUAAGAGAUGCUGCAGCACUGCGAAGACAACAACAACAAAGGAGGCACUUUCGCUUCCGCCGAUCUACCAAGCGAAGGCUAGGCCCUGACAUCAGGUCUUUUGGCUGGAUUGCCAUUGCUGCUGGCGCUCACUCCAAAGUACGGUAUACGAUGGAUAUAUUUCCUGGCUUUGAUGGCUAUCGCAAUGGUCUGCAGCUGAAUUUGCGAAACACGAAGGCGACUUCUAGUGUAAACCAUGCAACGCUCUGGGAAUGCAAAAAUCAGGAUGUGUCAGCUGAUUUGUCAAAUCCUCUUGGAUGGAACCAACUACAUACCUGGCGCUUUGACAUAACGAACAAAAACAUGGAUCUGUUCCUCCUUCGCGACCACACCUUUCUCCUGUUAGAUCUCAUAUCUGAUUUCACAGCAGGACAGAAGUCGGACUACAUGACCUUCGUGCCGUUCAAGUAUGUGAUCGGCAUCAAAUUCCUGGAUCUGAACCUGUUCCUGAACGCAAACGACCAGAACAUCAUCGAUAACCCAUGUGAUUUCGAAGAAAAUACUUUCCUUGUGCUAGGGUUCGCUCGUCUGGUUGGACAAGUCGACAUUCCUAUGCAGUACUACUCUCCCGCACAAGGCACUGUCAAGUUCAAAGGUGAUGGCCAAGAUGCAAGCUUGACACUGAAGACACCAGUAUGGCACACCUUGCACAACUUCGGGCACAAUGAGAACAUGGCUACUCUUAAGACGCUCCAUUUGGAUGGCUCGUACAAUUACUAUAGCACGACUAGUCCCAAGCUCACAGAUUCUCUUUUCAUGUCGAUUCAUGGCGGCAAUCCAAGAUUCAACUUGCAGGGAUAUCUUAUACGCUUUUUCAUGAACGUGAAGGAGAAUUACUUUGGGGAUACCAUUCAUUUCAGCACACUAGAAGAACACCAAUCGAGACUGGACAGACACAAACGAGGAGAGGAAGAGCGGAAAGCCCCUGUAAAGAAGCAAAACGAUCUCGAUGUAAUUCUCAGCGUUCGAACCGACCGUGCAGUGGCCGUAAUGCCAGCAAGCAUUUACCAUGGCAACGAGGAUUUACGUGUCGAUGUGUUGCAAAUCGACGCCGACAUGCGGUUCACGAACUACUAUAUGGACCUACAGGUCAAUACGAGCCCCGUCGAAGUUUCCAUCGAGAAAAGUAUGUGGAGCGAAGGGAAGUUCAAAAGGGAUGCUACUGGUUGCCAAUUGUUCAUUGACGGUAUCUCGGUUUAUGGCCAUAGGCUCUUCGGCGCCCCGCCUGCAGAACCCACGUAUCUGUGCAAUUGGGAUUUUGAUGUUGGUGAGAUUGGCGGUGAAUGCACAACCGAUUUCAUUCGAAUCUUGCUCACCUCGAUCAUGUCGUUUGUUUUUACCAUGGACGACGACGAGAAUGCCUUGCCACAGGCUGAGGUGGUACUGAUCCCAGAUAUUACAUUCCUACGAAUGCGUGCAGCAGGAUUACGAACAUGGAUAGUGUCAAGUGAUACAGCUUUUCUGCUCUCAAUCUCUGGCACUACGGUAGAGCUCAACGACUGGGCAAACCAACACUUUUCAAAGUAUGUCAAGGUCGAUUCGCCGAUGAUCUUGCUAGCUGCGGUCGAUAGCGCUACAGCAUACCGCCAUCGCGAAUCGCCAGAGAAAGCAGUUCCUACACAUGCCUGUAUUCGGUCUUCGUUGAAGCUCGCUGUACUCGAUCGCAAACCAGGUUUCUCACACAACAGAGCACUUCAACAGCAGCAUGUGCGCAUGCACGACUCAAGAACUCGCCGAGCCGAAUUCUUGCUGCACAAGCACCAUCAGCUUGAGCACGAUCAAUUUUCGACGAGCUGGAGUCGUCAGCCACCUGCUAUGCCGUUACCAACCAUGCCUCAGCCUGUCACACUUCUCGGAACAGCUGUCUCGGCGCAGGGCCAAAGCCCCAAAUCUCAGUCUAGCUCCUUCUUAGCACUGAACCCUCUUGACAAUCGGCUCAAUCAGAUCUCGAGGGAUACUAAUUCAUACAUGGAUGAUUUCAGGCACCAUCAACUUCGUCCGCAUACAGCUUUUCUUACUCCCUCCUUGAAGCAUUCGGUAUCAUCUCCUUGGAUCAGACCACAUUUCCCGUUGCAGGAUGUCCAACCUGACCAAGAACACCUACCUCACUUAGACACGUCUGCCUGCAGUGACGACGACGGGUUUCAAGAAGACCUGCAGACUGAGGAGUUUCCUACCACACAGGAGGAUUUUGGACACGAUGGAAUUUUCUGCAAUCUGGUUGACGGUAUUGUUGGAGUCUUCACGCCUAGUCUUAUCCAAUCCGUCGUAACACUGUUGAAUGAGAUCUCCCCACAGCAUCCCGAGUCAAUUCUAGACGACUUACAGAUACAGGUCAUAUCUAAUAUCAAGAAGCUUACAGCGACGCACGUUGGUAAGGUUGACGACAUGUCCUUCAGAUUACCAGCCUCACACCUUCGUCUGAUCAAUCCACACGAGGCCACCGACACCGACAUAAGCUUCGAUCAGUAUGACUUCAGGUUGGAUGACACCCGUGUUACUGUCCGUCUCGCUCCUUCGACUCAUGCUAAAGAUCUGCAGCCACGCAUUUCGAUCUAUGCAAGUCUUCGGAAGCUGAAUGUCAAAGUCUCCGAAAUCCGUCCUCAUAUUGACCAAUUCGCAUCUGAAGCUGAGGUAGUGUUAGCAGGUCUUGGAUUAUGGCUUAGUUUAAAAGAAGAAGUUCGGGCACGAACACAUAUCAAUAACCUUGAAUUUAUUACAGCUGGAGAAAACGUCGAUAAAUUGGCCGAGCUGAUACGACGGAGUGAAGCACUGGUUGAGAAGGCCGUCGAGCAGAUGUCGCAGAUCGACCUUGGAGAAAGAACUCAACAUUUGUUGUAUCAUUUGACAUCAAUACAGACAUAUCAGGACCCCUCCUUCAUGAUAAGAGCUGUCAACGUAUUGCGAACCGCUGAGGACCACAUCAGACUACACGAUUCCUGGAAAAUGGUCAUACGACUGCGGCUCCUUCUGGCGAGCCAGAUCAGUCGAGGAGACCAGUCUUAUGGGUGUUCCAGCAGCUGUUUGAAUGAGGACAGAGUCCAGGUUAGGAAGCAUAUUUUGGCUUCUUUCGACAAGUGGAAGACUUGGGAGAACGCAGGGCAAGACGAUAAUGCACUGGUCCAAGCAGUAUUCGGUCCCUCGAGGCAGGUGUCAGGGCAGUCUCAGUAUCCCAUCAACGUAGAGGUAGAAGUGUUGCUAGGACGCGCAGCUUUGACUUUAGAUCCAGGGCCUGAUCAGAGUCAGUUGUUCAUCCAAAGCCUCGAUCUCAAUUUCUCUGAGAAGCUGUCUCAGGAGACAAAAAAGUCAUGGUCUUUCGGAAGUCAACAUCGAUCGAGCAGGAUUGUGCAGGCGUACUGUGGGACGAUGGGUUGUCACCUGAACUGGGAAUUGAUCAAGCUAGCGGAACGAAUCGUCGAGCUCUCACAAUCCUACCAGACUAAGGAGACUAUCACUGGCUCCGAGGGCUCCGCUGAACAGGGUGUGCGCGACGAUGUCAUUGACCUUUCGGUAGUAAUUGGCGCCGAUGCCGCGUCGAUUGACAUACAAACCAUCAACCUGCGUCUUGUUACCGGGGUGGAACGCUUUAGAGCGUCUGUGAGUCUUGGAUUCGAGGACAUGAAGAAGAUGAACACUUCAGUUGUUUUGAGUGCCGCUUCUGGCCGGUUUAGAUUACGAAGCAAGAGCAAGAGCAAGAGCAAGAGCAUCCUGGGCUGCAAAGUCAGUGCGCCAACAAUCCAUUUAAGCACACAGAUCGAUAAGAGUUCCUCAGGUGGCACGAUUGUACUGCACUCCGCAGCCACAUGUCGUAAGCUUCGGCUCCAUGUAAAGGAAGACAUCUUGGGCCUCCUGCAGCUCGUUGAAAUUAUCUUCAAAGCUGAAGUAGUUGAGGUAAAGCGUCUCAUGAAGACCCUGGCAGAUAAGUCUGCGCCUACACAGCAAGACGUCAAACCUGGCAAUGAUCGUAAUGCUAGGAAAGUGCAGCCUCACGUGGCACUGUUCCUGGACGACUACCUCAUGCAGUUCGACCUGAUGGCCUACCUCAAAUACAGCAUUGCUGGCAAAGUGGCAAGAACAUCCGUUGUACCAUUUAACGCAAAAAGAUUUUCUGUGAAUCUGGAUGUUAAGGAAAAUUAUCACUCUUUUCAAAACCCCACCACUGACACCAAAGUAUCAAAAUCAGUUCUUAAGAUGCCACCUCUCAGCGCCACUAUUGCAGUUGCAAUACGUCCAGACCGCAUCGGGGUUGACGCUCGUGUUGCAAUAGAUCGGAUGUUAUUAGAAGCUUCUGCUGUGCGAGCAUGCUUUGAUGCAGCAUACAGAAACCAGACCAUCGAGUAUGUGAAUCGAAUAAAAGCUUCAGUUGCAAGCAUAAAAGAGAGCGUGAACGGCGGUGUUGCGAAGCAUGAAUCCACAAUGUCCGCUCCAGAGGCAGGUCUGACCACAUCCCGGGAAAGAACUGUACAGUAUCAUGGCUAUCUUGUGUUUGAGGGCAUCGGUGUUCGCUGUAGAGCACCUGCCCUCAGGCCUGACCAAGACUAUUUGGUCGAUCUCAACAUGAGACUCGAUUCUACUUCGUUGAGGAUAGGAAAUCUGCGUGAGGCCGAUGGUAUGUUGUAUCAGAAGCCGCACUUUGAAGUCAACUUACGACAAUUCUCGACUAGUAUCGACCGUGUAGGCAAAGCCACAGAGAAUUUCGGCCACAUCCAUACUGGUGUUCGCAUCUCCGGCCUUACCGAGAUUGGUGAGGACGGAGUAGAGGUACAAAAUUUCCAUCUCACAAGUAAUGGCAUCAAUGUGGAUCUUUUUGCAGAAACAGCCCUACUCUCUGUUGAUCUAAUGACAUUUCUGCAAGCGCGAAUCAAGACUCUUGCAGCUGCCGAGGAUGCUAAGAAGCUCAAACCCUUACGUCGACUUACUUUGGCUGCACCAACCAUGCAAGAGCGCAGCCAAGAACCAGAGAAUGCGAUCAAGGAAGAGGAAGCAUCAGGCCUUUUAAGUUCCACGUUCGUUGUCGAACUCAAUGCCAUCUGUCUGCAGUGGCUGAUCAGCAGCAACAGCAAGCAAUCUCCUAUACGGCCUGCUGAGAAUAUGGCUCUCACAGUGACUAAGAUCGACCUGCGCACACAGAGAGAAGCUUCAGCGAGGUUGUCAAUCAGGAAUUUGCAGCUCCAAUUAGUCCCCAACGGGAGUGAUCCGUUCGAUCGUACGGCUAACUCAGCUCUCCUUCCUGAGAUGGUGUUCAAUGCUGCGUAUGCUCGAGCCAACACUACUCGAAAGUUCGCUUUCAAAGCGGCUGGAAAACUCCUUGACGUCAAGCUAGCCUCGAACUUUAUACUACCUGCGGCUGCAAUUCAGGAAUCACUUGCUCUAGCAAGCUCUGAGCUUCGUAGUCUGAAAACGUUCGCUGGAAAAGAUGAGGCAAGCUCUUCGCAAACACAGCUGCCCAAGCUGCUAGGCAACAAGCGCCUGGCACAUCUGCUUGUUUUUGCAGACUUCGUUGGAGCAGAAGUAACCAUCUCACCAGCUAGGGAGGCAUCACAUGAGCAGGAAUCUGCUUUUGGUUUCUUGAAAGGCUCGAAAAGGUCAAGAGCCGGACGAUAUGGCCAAGCGGUACAAAGCUCAACAGGAGAAGAUGCAACAUUGAGAGCGCCUGGAGUUGCAUUCCAGGUCGAGUAUUCCGAUGACGGCGCGCAAGACCCUAUGCUUAGUACUGAAGUGCGUGUUGCAGCUUCCUCGAACACUCUCGCUCCGUCUGUCGUUCCCUUAGUCUUGGAGAUUUCCCGGAGCAUCAAGAACCUCAUGGGACAGGACAAUAGCCAAUCCGCCAAGAAAGACACUCAAGACGCUGAAUCGCCGAAGGACAAAAGCAUCGGGCCCAAUCAGCAAGCUGCGGAUCCCACAGCUGUUCUAGGGAAAGUGAAGCUGAACGCAGAACUUCUGGUUCAGAGACAAGAAUUCAGCCUUACAUGUCAGCCGAUAGCUCGAGUCUCUGCCACUGCGCAAUUCGAAGAGAUCUUCGUGGUUGUCAACACCGUCCAAGCCAAGGACCAGGAACGCUUCUUCUCGUUGAUGACAACGUUCAACGACCUGGAAGCUUCUGUACAGCAUGUCUAUUCCCGAGAGUCCACCGCUAGCUUUACGGUAAAGUCUAUUGCAGUCUCGCUUAUGAAUAGCAAGCAUUUCAGCAACAAAAGCGGCAUUUCUGCCAUCCUUAACGUCAGUCCUAUGAAAGCUUACCUCAACGCUAAACAAAUGCAGGACUUUUUACUCUUUCGAGAGAUUUGGUAUCCUACAGAGCUCCGUGCCGGCAACCGAGAAUCUAAGCCUGUAGUUAGAGAAGACACGUUACAAGGACCUGCCAUACAGAGAUUCCAGGAAGUUACCACCACAGCUGUACUUCCGUGGCAUGCCAUUGUCUCUAUUCAAGAGGUCAACCUCCAGGUUGACUUUGGUCAGAGUAUCGGCAAAUCGGAUUUUGCAAUAGAGAAACUGUGGGCUUCCUCUAAGAAGACAUCCGAUGCUGAACAGAAUUUAUGCGUAGGUUUUGACAAGAUUGGCAUCGACAGUCAUGGCCGUAUGAGUGGGUUUGUGGAACUGCAACGAGUGCGUGUGCGUACAGCCAUUCGUUGGCCGAUGGUGGAAGAAAAACUACAAGCACCAUUGGUACAAGGAUCUGUGGGAUUUGAACAUCUCCGAGCAAAGGCCGUCUUUGACUACCAGCCAUUCGCAGUGGCGGAUAUAUCCUCCUUUGAGUUUUUGAUCUAUAAUGUACGACAGGGCAGAGCAAGUGAUCGACUUGUGGGCAUUCUGGACGGUGGCAAAGUGCAGGUAUUCUGUACCACUGCUGCCGCAGCUCAAGGACUGUCCAUUGUUCAAGCAUUUGAACGUCUAGUGCAGGAGAAGCAGGAAGCUUUUGAGGCGAACAUACACGAGCUCGACAGAUAUCUGCGACGUAAAUCGGUCAUGCCGUCAAGCACGUGGAAAUCGCCAUCCGAACUCGAAGUGGCAUCCAAGCAAGACGUACAACGACCCGGCCAUGCACCUCGCUUACACGUUGAUGUGGUCAUUACCUUGCGAGCCAUCGAUGCUGGAGUCUUCACGUCAUCCUUCUUCGACGAAACAACUCUGAAGCUCGAAGCUGUUGACGUGCAGGCUCGGUUUGCAGUCAACGAAAUUGACGACAAGACUCAUAGUGGUUUAGGAAUGAGUCUUGGCCAAGUCCGACUGGCACUCUCAACGAUGAGUAGACCAAAUGCAAAGGCGCUAGGCGAGGUAUCAGUUACAGAGGUCAUUGACCGGGCAACAUCCGCUCGAGGAGGAACAAUCUUGAAAGUGCCCCGAUUGGUAGCGUCGAUGCAAACAUGGCAACAAGCACGGUCUAAUGUCAUUGAAUAUGUGUUCUCAAGCACGUUUCAAGGUAAGGUUGACAUUGGUUGGAAUUACUCGCGCAUCAGCACGAUUCGCCGCAUGUGGGAUAGCCACUCACGAACUUUGGCACAGAAAAUGUCCAAACCUCUAGCCCCAUCUGCCAUCAAGAUCACAGCAGAACCAAAAAGCGAAGCAGAAGGUCAGGAGAAGAUCACGGCGGUAGUACACAUGCCACAGUCUAAGUACGAGUACAUUGCCCUAGAGCCACCGAUUAUCGAUACCCCACAGCUGAGGGACCUUGGGGAGGCGACGCCAUCAUUGGAGUGGAUUGGGUUGAAUAGAGAGCGGUUGCCACACGUCACACAUUCAGUCAUCAUAGUAAGUUUAUUGGAGGUGGCUAAGGAGAUAGAGGAUUCUUACAGUCGCAUUUUGGGAUCUGGUUGA